CAGAUAAGCUUGAUCUGUAUGCUUUAGCGCUAGGCGGUCGGUGAUUUGUCAAAGAAGCGCGUCCAGUUGUGUGCAAGAACAACUCGAUCGAAAAAUGCAGGCACAAAACAACCUGACAAGGAAGGGACGGAGUCAUCAAGGCAGCCAAGUUCAUCACCAAACUUUCAUUCGUUGAAAUUACAAACGUAUUGGAGCCGCGGCUGUGAGGAAACUCGUUGCAAUCCGACGCCACUCCACGGAGGGAAAAUGGCGAGCCUCAAGAGAUCGCUCGACUCGGACCCGUUCGCGGCGAACAUCUCCAGCAAGGUCUACGUGAGAUCAACAAAGAGCGGCAAAGUCCAGAAAAUAGUCCGCGAAGUCUAUCUCCGCCAAGACAUUCCGUGCUCGUCCCGGCUGUGCCAGGCCUGCCUCAAGACCGCGCCCCGGGAUGCCGCAGGGAGACCCACCCCGUUUGUCCUCUCCGAGGCGCCCGCCGGCACCAGCGUCUUCCCCCAGGGCCACUACCUGGUGCCGGACACGAAUGCCUUCCUGACCGCCAUGGACCUCUUUGAGCAGAGCUCGGCCUUCUACGACGUUGUCGUUUUGCAGGUCGUGCUGGAAGAGCUGCGCAACCGCUCCCUACCGCUCUACAACCGCCUCAUCGGCCUGACCAAGAGCGAGGACAAGCGCUUCUAUGUCUUCUUCAACGAAUUCCGCCUCGAGACCCACGUCGCCCGCCGGGAGGGCGAGUCGGUCAACGACCGCAAUGACCGCGCCGUCCGGAAGGCCGUCGCCUGGUACGGCCAGCACUUGGCGCGGACUGCCGCGAAGAAGGUGCCCGCUGUGGUUAUGCUUAGCAACGACCGGGCCAACCUGCAAAAGGCGAAGCAGGAAGGCAUCCCCGCGUGCUCCCUGGCUGAGUAUGUCAAGCAACUCAAGGACGGUGAGAAGCUCCUCGACAUGCUCCCGGAGACCGAGGACCUGGAGAUCAAGGACAAGCGGCCCGGCGAGCCCCUCUAUCCGGAGUACUUUAGCAUGUCGAAAAUGAUGACGGGUGUAAAGAACGGCUUGCUGCACCAGGGCAUCUUCAAUGUUUCCCCCUACAACUAUCUGGAAGGCUCAAUAAGGGUACCGGCGUUCCCCAAGCCCCUGCUGAUCCUGGGAAGGGAAAACAUCAAUCGUGCCGUCGACGGCGACCUCGUCGUCGUCGAGGUGCUGCCUAAAGAGCAGUGGAAGGAGCCCUCGACCCGGGUGAUCGAGGAAGACGCCAUCACGAAGAACGAGAACCCUGACGCCGAGGAGACGGCAGACUUCGUCUCGGAGAAGGAACGCAAAGCGCUGCAGGAGGAGGUGAAGCGGACCCACAACAAGACGACCGAAGGCCAUGCUCAGCCCACUGCGAAAGUCGUGGGUGUAGUGAAGCGGAACUGGCGCCAGUACGUCGGCCAUAUCGAUCAGUCGUCGGUCAGCCAGUCAGCGCAGCAAGGGCGCAAGCAGGAUACCGUCUUCCUCAUUCCCAUGGACAAGAAGAUCCCCAAGAUCCGGCUACGCACGCGCCAAGUGGCCGAGCUGGUCGGCAAGCGGAUCCUCGUCACCAUCGAUGCGUGGGACCGGAGCUCGCGCCACCCCACCGGCCAUUUUGUCAGGUCGCUGGGCGAGAUGGAAACGAAGGCCGCCGAGACGGAAGCUCUGCUGUUAGAGUAUGACGUCCAGUACCGCCCGUUCCCCAAGACCGUCCUCGACUGCCUGCCCAAGGAAGGCCACGACUGGAGGGUGCCCCAGAGCACGGACGAUCCGGGGUGGAGAGGCCGGGAAGAUCUUCGGCAUCUCCUCAUCUGCAGUAUCGACCCCAUCGGCUGCCAAGAUAUCGACGAUGCUCUCCAUUCGCGGCCGCUUCCGAACGGCAACAUCGAGGUCGGCGUCCACAUUGCCGACGUGUCCCAUUUCGUCAAGCCCAACACCGCCAUGGACGCCGAAGCUAGUAUUCGCGGCACGACAGUCUACCUCGUCGACAAGCGUAUCGACAUGCUUCCCAUGCUUUUGGGCACUGAUCUGUGCUCUCUCAAGCCUUACGUGGAGCGGUAUGCCUUCUCGGUGCUCUGGGAGCUGUCGCCCGACGCCGACAUUGUGAAUGUGCGGUUCACAAAGUCGGUCAUCAAGUCUCGCGAGGCGUUUAGUUACGAGCAGGCACAGCUCAGGGUCGACGACCCCUCGCAGCAGGACGACCUCACCAAGAGCAUCCGGACCCUGCUCGCGCUGUCCAGGAAGCUAAAGCAGAAGCGCAUGGACGCGGGCGCCUUGAGUCUCUCCUCGCCUGAGGUCAAGGUGCAGAUGGAGUCCGAGACGUCGGACCCCAUCGACGUCAAGACCAAGGAACUGCUCGACACCAUGUCGCUCGUCGAGGAAUUCAUGCUGCUCGCUAACGUCAGCGUGGCCCGCAAGAUCUACGAGGCGUUCCCGCAGACGGCCAUCCUCCGCCGGCACGGCGCGCCUCCCAAGACCAACUUCGACGAGCUCGCCAACCAGCUGCGGGUGAAGCGGGGUCUCGACCUGAACGUCGAGUCCUCGCGCGCGCUCGCCGACAGCCUCGACGCGUGCGUCGACCCCAAGGAGCCCUUCUUCAACACGCUCGUGCGCAUCAUGGCCACGCGCUGCAUGAUGGCGGCCGAGUACUUCUGCUCGGGCACGCAGGCGUACCCGGAGUUCCGGCACUACGGCCUCGCCAGCGAGAUCUACACGCACUUCACGUCGCCGAUCCGGCGGUACGCCGACCUGGUGGCGCACCGGCAGCUGGCCGCCGCCAUCGGGUACGAGGCCGUCGACCCGAGCGUGCGCAGCCGCGGCCGGCUCGAGGCCGUGUGCCGGAACCUCAACGUGCGGCACCACAACGCGCAGCUCGCCGGCCGCGCGAGCAUCGCCUACUACGUGGGCCAGGCGCUCCGCGGCAAGGCCGCCGAGGAGGACGGCUUCGUGCUCAAGAUCUUCAGCAACGGCUUCGUCGUGCUCGUGCCCCGCUUCGGCAUCGAGGGCCUCAUCCGCCUGCGCGACCUGGCCGACCCGGAGCCGGCCGCCGCGUACGACGCCGAGACGUACACGCUCACGACCAGCGGCAGCCGCGCCGUCACGGUCGAGCUGUUCCAGAAGGUGCGCGUGCGCGUGACGGACCACAAGGACGAGGCCAUGGGCAAGCGCGGCGUCAAGAUGGAGCUGCUGAGCGUCUACUGAGGGGGCCAGCGCCUGCUGGAAGUAACGGAGAAUUGGAUGGAUGGCUUUGUUCGGUGCUACGACUCCCGCAGGAAAUCAAAAGAUGAUGAAAAGAUGGUGGCCAAUGAAGCCAGCAUGGCAUUGCAUGUCCCCCCGCAUACGGAAUGAAUCGCUCGAAAUUGCCAUGAUCGUGUGUGCGUGAAUCAUGUAA